CUCCAGAAACAGCUAUCUGAGCUGGACGAGGAUGACUUAUGCUAUGAAUUUCGUCGAGAACGUUUCACCGUCCAUCGCACUCAUUUGUAUUUUCUACAUUACGAAUACGAGCCUGCUUCAGACAAUACUGAUGUAACGCUGGUGGCUCAGCUUUCAAUGGACAGGCUCCAGAUGCUUGAAGCUAUCUGCAAACACUGGGAAGGUCCAAUCAGCCUGGCACUCUAUCUUUCUGAUGCAGAAGCCCAGCAAUUUCUGCGCUACGCCCAGGGCUCAGAAGUACUUAUGAGCCGCCACAAUGUCGGCUACCAUAUCGUGUACAAGGAGGGCCAGUUCUAUCCUGUGAAUCUGCUAAGGAAUGUGGCCAUGAAGCAUAUCAGCACACCAUACAUGUUUCUGUCUGACAUAGACUUCUUGCCCAUGUAUGGACUCUACGAGUAUCUCAGGAAGUCUGUCAUCCAGCUAGAUCUGGCUAACACCAAGAAAGCUCUGAUCGUACCUGCUUUUGAGACCCUGCGCUACCGCCUCUCCUUCCCCAAGUCAAAAGCAGAGCUGCUAUCUAUGUUGGACAUGGGAACCCUCUUCACAUUCAGGUAUCACGUCUGGACGAAAGGGCAUGCGCCGACGAACUUUGCCAAGUGGCGAACAGCCACCACCCCCUACCGCGUUGAGUGGGAAGCAGACUUUGAGCCGUACGUUGUUGUGAGGAAGGACUGCCCAGAGUACGACAGGCGGUUUGUUGGAUUUGGCUGGAACAAAGUAGCUCACAUCAUGGAACUGGAUGCACAGGAGUACGAGUUCACGGUGCUGCCCAACGCCUACAUGAUCCACAUGCCGCACGCCCCCAGCUUCGACAUCACCAAGUUUCGCUCCAACAAGCAAUACCGCAUCUGUCUCAAGACCCUGAAGGAGGAGUUCCAGCAGGAUAUGUCGCGCCACUACGGCUUUGCAGCCCUCAAAUAUCUCACGGCAGAGAACAACAGCUAGCACAAUGGAGCCCGUGUGCGGGAAACAGGGACACUGGAGGGAGGAGCCACUCAGUGUUUGGGGCCUGGUCUUCAAACUUCGAACUGAGAAAUACUUUCUGUUUUUAUAUCAUACCCGGCAGUUCUAACAGUAGAAAUUUGAAGUGACAUGUCUUCAGACUACGCUCAUUCGUCCCUUCCCCAACUACCCCAGGCCUUUCAGCUUUAGCGUUCGUGAGGUGUCAGCGAGAGGGGCGGCCACACGCCCGCCGUGCCGCCAGAGGUGGGGACUGGGCAGGGGCUGGGAACGCACGCUGCUCUGCAACUGCAGAGCAAAGACAGACCUUCAGAAUAUAGGAUUUCAUGUUGCUAUUUAAUAAUUUGACAUGCUUUUUAUCUGUAAAG